UCACCAAGCCCUUUGCCACUUGCUCUAGGAACAGUCGGUAACUUAAUGUAAAUGUUAGAAGCCAACUAUAAACAGCCAAAAGAACAACUAAACUGAAACUGUCUUGAAUAUGUUGAGGACCUAUAGUAUAUUUAACCCAAAAAGUGGUGUACCUCAUUCCCUCUGUUAGGUAUCAAUUAUAGUGGGCAGCAAAAGUGCUUCUUUGUGCUUCCUAUAAUAAUUCUGUUGCCACUUUGAUUAUUGCUAGUCACUACCUUGCUAUAGUGCAGCAAAAAUAAUAGUACAUCAGUGACCACCAGUACUGAGAGUCUGUUGUGGUUCAAGUUUACCUUUAUGCCUGCCUUACUUUAGUUAGUAAUAUAAUUCAGGCACUAAAUCAGAUACCACUAUUAAGUGCAACAGAGCAUUAUGGUGCAUAUUUUCCUUUUACCAAGUUAUGAUACUUAAUCAUAAUCUUUUUGAACUCCUGCUCUGUUAAUAAUAAUUCUUACAUAUUGUGUAAACACUAAUUGAUUAUUGGGAGAAGACAUUACAUAACAAUUUUCACACUCUUCUGACCCCUGCAUACAUAUUUGGAGUUCAAUUCCUCAGAAUGCUCUUGUGAUUCCUCAUGUUUUUUUGGUGGAAAUCAUUAGUAUCCUAAGAAAGGAAGGUAGUAUUUACUAGAAUAAUACAAUUUCCUUUUCCUCUUAUUAGAAAGAGACCCCAUUCACACAGGUAGGCUCACAAGGAAAAACCUUUAUCAUACUUGAUCUUAUUGAUCAUUCCUAGGAGGGCAAUUUCUGUGCCCAUUUUAAGACAUGGGUUCUGAUUUUUUGACCCAAAAGAGGAAAAAGAAAUUAUCUGAUUCUGUUUAUUAUAAUAUGUAUAGAAGAGCUAAACUAAACUAGUGUAGUAGAGCACCAAAUGGAUAGGAUCACAAGUUUCAGCAAUGAAUGCUUGAGGGUGAAGCAUGAAACCUACCACUGACACUUGUUCCCUGAGCCCACAAGAUCAAUGUAACUGUUCCCUCCUCCUUUUCUACUCAUAUAUAUUACAUUCCUCUUUUUUACCAACAAAAACAAAAAAAAAAACUCUCCUUUUCCCAUCCUUCUUAUCUUUAUUUAAGCAACCCCAUAAGGCAAGAGUGAUGCAUAACACAUCAAAGUGAGAUGGGUUCUUCUCCAUUUCUCUCUUUGUUCCUCUUCUUCUUCUUCUUAGCCCUUGUCUCUCUAACACCAUUAGCCAUUGGAGGGGGGGAUGAGGUGGGUGUUAAGAGCACUGGGCUUGUGUUGAACUUCUACAAGGAGUCAUGCCCACAAGCAGAGGAGAUCAUAAGCCAGCAGGUGAAGCUUCUCUACAAGCGCCACAAGAACACUGCUUUCUCUUGGCUCAGGAACAUCUUCCAUGAUUGUGCUGUUCAGUCAUGUGAUGCCUCAUUGUUGCUGGAUUCAACAAGGAGGAGCCUUUCUGAGAAAGAGGCAGAUAGGAGCUUUGGGAUGAGGAAUUUCAGGUAUAUUGAGACCAUUAAGGAGGCUGUGGAGAGGGAGUGCCCUGGUGUUGUCUCUUGCUCUGAUAUCCUGGUCCUCUCUGCCAGGGAUGGCAUUGCUGAGCUUGGAGGGCCAUACAUCCCACUGAGGACAGGGAGAAGAGAUGGAAGGAAGAGUAGGGGGGCUGAUCUGCUUGAGGAGUACCUCCCUGACCACAAUGAGAGCAUCUCCUCUGUCAUGGACAAGUUCCAUGCCCUGGGCAUUGAUACUCCUGGAGUUGUUGCCCUCCUUGGAGCCCACAGCGUUGGCCGUACUCACUGUGUGAAGCUGGUGCACCGGCUUUACCCGGAAGUCGACCCAGCCUUGAACCCUGAUCACGUCCCGCACAUGCUAAAGAAGUGCCCGGACGCGAUCCCUGAUCCAAAGGCCGUUCAAUACGUCCGUAACGACCGUGGCACUCCCAUGAAGCUGGACAACAACUACUACCGCAACAUACUGGACGACAAGGGCCUAUUACAAGUGGAUCACGACAUAGCCCACGACAAGCGGACCCGACCAUUCGUGAAGAAGAUGGCCAAGAACCAAAAUUACUUCUUCCGAGAGUUCUCACGGGCGAUCACGAUCCUAUCGGAGAACAACCCGCUCACGGGGGACGAGGGCGAGAUACGAAAGCGGUGCAAUGCCGUCAAUAAGCGCCAUUAGUAGGCGAGGCUCGGCAAUGUUUAAGUGUGAUUGUUGAUGAGAAUAAGUGUGAUGUUAGGCGAGGCUCGGCAAUGUUUAAGUGUGAUUGUUGAUGAGAAUACGUGUGAUGUUGGCUCACCAAUGGUAUUGUUGAGUGGUGACGCAUUGCUUCUUUUUUCUCCUUUUCUUUUCUUUUAGCUUGUAGGAGAGUGGCAGGAGAUGAGGUGUGGUUGGUGCUAUGAUAGAAGAGUAGGCAGUGGUAUAUCAUGAUGGUUUUUAUGGUAAAAUCAUGGAAAAGCUCAAAUAAUGAAGAGUGUAUUUUGAGUACUAGUUGUUCAUCUUUAAUUGAAGAUCAUAAUUGUGAUAA